AUGGAGUCACUUGGUACUUACUUGACCAACGAAGGUGUUAAAUGGACAAUAAAUAUUCCAUCAGCCCCUCAUUUUGGAGGCCUAUGGGAGGCUGCCGUUAAAUCCAUGAAGUUUCACAUGAGAUGUGUUAUAGGAUCGCAGAUCCUCUCACAAGAAGAAUUUUCAACGUGUCUAGUGGAGAUUGAAGCCAUACUUAACUCCCGUCCUUUAGUGGCUGCUUCUGAGGACCCAAAUGAUUUUUCUGUCAUUACACCGGGUCACUUUAUUAUCGGUUUUGAGUUAAAAAGUGUUCCUGAGCCUGAUGUAAGAAAUGAGAAAAUUCCCAUCCGUGAACGGUGGAAAUUAGUCACACAGAUUUCCCAAUCGUUUUGGAAAUCGUGGUCAAAAGACUACUUAACUCAGUUUCAAGUGCGCAACAAAUGGAAACUUCCCAGUGCCGAUUUACGUGUGAAUGACUUGGUGCUAAUCAAGGAUGAGAACUUGCCGCCACUUAAGUGGAAGAUGGCAAAAGUAAUUUGCACUUAUAAAGGAACUGACCAAAGAGUAAGGUCAGUCAACUUAAAAACUGCGUCGAGUGAAAUGAAAAGACCAAUACAUAAACUGGUCAGACUUCCUAUAAAUGACUGA